AGAACCAUUAGUGACUCUGCCUCUACACUGUGUGGUGUUGCAACGCCCACUAUCACGUUUUUUCAGUACGCCUCUGCAUGAGUUGAGAACAAAAGGGGUCGAACGAAAGACCCUUUUUCAACACAUGUAUAGCGAUUCGUCUAUAACGGACCCACGCAGCGAACGCAAGAAACACAAAACGCUGCUCUACGAAAUUCGAACUGGAGCACGUCCAAGUUGGCCUGGGAACAGUCUGUUCAAAUGGAGACUCUUUGUUGUCGAUACAAUACGAGCGAGUCACGGGUUUGUGGCAUAUGAAGAAGCUGAUUAUUGGUUGUUUCAACUUUUCAAGGAUCUGUAUAACAUCUUGUAUCUAAUAGCUGCGCUACUCACUAGUAACACUGUAAAUUAAGAUGUCCAAGAUGAGAAUCAUGUUCAACCAUCUGUGUCUCCUGUUUGGCCUUGUUUCUUACCUGGCGACUACCCCUGCGGCAGCUACAACUUGUGGUCAGCUGUGUCACUAUGUCCCCUGGGCCAGAGAUGCAGACUGUUCCAGCAGACACCUGCGUCGUAUCCCGGAGGAGUGCGUCGGCUCGAAGGCUCUGAACCUGAACAGGAACAACAUUUCGGAGGUUCCUAGCAGAGUUUUCAGUCCUUUCCAUCAUUUGAAGUAUCUCCAGAUACUGGGAAGCCAAGUUACAACGGUACAGGCAAACUCUUUCGGCGGAGCUAAACGGCUGAAAAGCAUCAAUCUCAUGUUCAAUGUCAUCACUGUACUACCAGAACACUCCUUAAAUGAUACGGAUAGCCUGAGAUGGGUGUAUCUGACAGGUAACCGGAUCGAAACAAUAGAGUCGGGGGUCUUUCAGGAAGUACCUCAGAUUGAGAUGCUGUACUUGGAUGACAACCAGUUGGAUCAUCUGGAUGAGGGUGUCUUCCAUGGUCUAUCUAAAUUGCAACGACUGCUGCUGGCUGGCAACAGACUACAGGAAAUCUCAGGUAGCACAUUCAGAGGUGUUGCAGGACUAAAAUACAUUGACCUCUCAAGGAACCAGCUCCGCGUACUGUCAAGAGACACGUUCCAAGGUCUGAGGAACUUGAAGACGAUUAAUGUAGCCUCCAACGGUUUGACAAGCAUAUCUGCAGGUACCUUUUCCUUCAGCGAGCUUACCUCCCUCAACAUCUCAAGCAACGAUCUGACAACCCUUCCUUUGGAACAGCACGAACUUGCCUCCCUGGACGAGAUAGACGCUAAGGGUAAUCCUUGGAACUGUGACUGUUCCUUGGACCACUUCCGUGAGACAUUGAUAUCGAUUUCUAACAAAGGAGUGACUUGUAAACAGCCUUCAUCAAGGGCUGAUACACACAUUGUCUCUUACACCAGUCUCUGCAUCGCUUCUACGCCGCUUAUUCCAGACAUAACGGAGAAGCCGAAAAAGUUCUUCCAAAGUGGACAAGAUACCGAUAAGGAGGGUCCAGAAGUAGAACAGGUUGCUCCCUCUGGAGGAUUUCCUCCAGAGAUCAUAACGCUCAUUGUUGUAUUGACCAUUGCCUCCAUUGCACUCUUUGCCAUCGGUUUGUUCCUUGCCGUAUUUGUUUUUCGUCCUGUGCUUCAAAGAAGACGUAACAAGAAACGUGAAAAGACGAAGGAUGAAAAACCCAAACCUCAGCAUGUGUGAACGAUUGAAAUACAUGUUCUUUACGUCGCGUUUACGAAAGCCUUACAUGAGGGCAAACUGAUGUGUGUAUGUUGCAAGAUAUAUCCUAAAACUUGUCAGAAAAGGAACAACUAACACUGGAAUACGGAAGAGGAGUAAAAUUGAACGUGCAUAGCUUAGUAUUUUACGAGCUGUGAAGUUUUCUACUCGGGUUGCAUAUAUUUGUUACCAGUUUUAACAUAUAUUUCGUUUUCUUGAACAUUCUUACAUUGAAAAGGACAAUUAUGCCUAUCAUUUGCUGUAUUCAAAAUGUUGUAUUGACUAGUUAUACAUGCAUACAAUGAUUUAUUGCCAGUUAGGGACUAAUACUGAUAUCAAUCUUUAAUUUAAACGUUAUGCUGGACAAAAAGACAAAAAAUGGACUGCUCAAAUUCACAAAAAAGGUGCAUUUUUGCUGUAAUAUUGUUUCUUUUGAGGACGUCUGGUCACAAUUUUGUAGAUAAAUUAGUGCUAUUAGCUCAUUGAAAUCACCAAUCUAUUCAACCAUUCUCUCUCUAUCACAUGUUUUAAUUCACAUAGUACAAUUCAAAACAGCAAUACAUCACAAUUAGACGAUGUAAUAUCUUUUCAUAUAAUAUUUGUUUGAUUUAAUUUGUCAUUCAAUAGAAUGUAUAUAAAUGUGUGUAUGUACAACUGUACACUCUACAAAGUAGGAGGUAAUACAAAUCAAAAUCGAUAAGCUUAUACCUGUAUGAUACUCUGCAAUGUAUUAGGCAGUACAAAUCAAAAGGGAUAAAUAAGAAACUAUAUAAAAAGUGCAUCAGUUUUACAACACUACGAACUUAUCAUGCUUAUUGCAGAAAAUCAACUGAUCGUGCCGAUGACCAGAAACUUAUAUAAGGUUGCCCCCUGAAGAUUGAGCUGUGAAAACACAACUCAGAAUGUAAAUAUAAACAAUAUAUAUUUUUUUAUAUAUACUUUUGUACAGGACGAUACUAUUAAACAAACGUUGAGUUUAUUGUUUUGCUUUUUCUUACCAUUAUUUUUUUAUAAUUAGUCCGAUCUGGGCUUGUUUUUAUGAUGUUAAACGUUUUUUAAGCCUUUUCUUCCUUUAGAUUUUUCUUUUUUGUUUUAAUUUCCGUCUCAUCUUUGCUAUCCAUAUAAUAUCCUCUCCUUCCAAGCAUUUAUAACUCGAUCUUGUCCUUUUGUCUCUUGUUCCAUUUCUUUCCCUUUUCAGUCUCAUCUUUUUCGUCCCUUUCCAAACUUUCACAUCUAUGUCAUCAUGGCCCUGGGAAGCGAGGGUGCUGAAGCACCCCCAAGAUUUGUCUGGGGUGCUGCAUAGGCAUCACCUUGGGCAGCUCCCCCUGGAAAUCAGGUUGGUAUUCUAAAAUGUAGAAUGUGAAUACCUAUUUUUGCAUGUCAUAUAAUUUUUGUUACAAACCAGCACCAACUUCAAAAAUCAUCCCCAGGCCCAUGACCUAUGUCGUAUUUUUCUGAAAUAAUGCAGUUUUUAUUAUGUUGAGGAUUUAUGUGCAAUGUUAAUCACAUUUCCGUGAUAAGUUUAUAUCUGUAUUCGCUGGUGUAGAAAAGUUUGAUUGUCGAAAUCAAAUUAAAGGAUAAACAAUAAAGCGAACUGAA